AUGUCCUCGGCAAUCCAAGUGGUGGAUGGGGUUGCGUUGACACAGAUAUUCAACGGAUUGAAGUCCACUAAAGAGGAGGAAAGAAACAGCUAUGCAUUGGACUUGAGGAGCUAUCUCGAAUCGAUAGCUCGAGAUUUGUCGGCAGAGCAAUUCAAUCGGUACAACAACGACAUUAACAAGACCAUUUUCGAGCUUUUACACGGCAAGGAGCAGUCAGAGAAGCUUGGCGGUAUAGCAGCCAUGAAUGCAUUGAUAGACUUCGAUUCUGGAGUGGGUGAAGAGAAUGCCACCAAGACUGCCCGUUUCUCCAACUACUUAGGGUCUCUCAUUUUAUCCAAUGAUCUAGUAGUCAUGAAAGCUGCUACGAAGACCUUGGGUAAAUUGGCUACGCCAGGUGGUACAUUGACAGGAGACUUUGUUGAUUUCGAAGCUAAAAGGGCCAUUGAAUGGCUACAAAGCGACAACAGACAACACGAGAACAGAAGACAUGCAGCGAUCUUAAUCAUAAAUGCCUUGGCUGACAAUGCACCAACUUUGUUAUACAGCUUCAUCAGCCAAAUUUUGGAUCAUUUGUGGAUCCCAUUGAGAGACCAUAAACUAAUCAUCAGGACUGACACAGCAAUGGCGCUUGAAAAAUGCAUGAAUAUUAUCUAUGAUCGUGACAUCAAUGCAAGGAAUUACUGGGUAAAGAAGUUAAUUGAUCUGGCAUCGAAGUUGCUCAAUGAACAUGACCUAAACGAUAAUGGUGAUAAUUCUAAUGCUACGUCUUCCAAUGCAUCAUACAAUUUAAUCACUUCUGCAUCAUCCAGCUCUUCCGAAAGUAUCCAUGGUUCUUUAUUGGUCUAUCGUGAGCUUAUAAAGUAUUACAAGGAUCCAUACAUUUUUUCAAAGUUUGAACAGAUCUAUGAAAAUGUGAUCCUUUACAAGAACCACAAAUUGUCCAUUAUCAGACAAGAGUUGACCAACAUUUUUCCUUUACUAUGCAAGAUCAACACAGAACUUUUUGUCGAAAAAUACCUUCAUAGAACCCUUUACUACUACUUAUCACAGUUGAAGAAGUACAAGAAUCAGCAUAAUGAAACUGCUAACUCAGAUAAGAGUGCAAUUUUUAAAAGCAUCGGACUUAUUUCAUUGGAGGUAGGCAACCAAAUGGCAACCUACUUGGAUGCAAUCUUGGAUAAUAUAAGAGAAGGAUUAUCGUAUCCAACAAACUCAAGUGUUCAACUGAUAUUGGUGAAUGCUGUUAUCAGCGAAUCCCCAAAUCCAAAUGUGUCGGGAUUGAACUCAAUUGCAACGUCAUCGGCAAACGCAUCUAAGUAUAGAGCCAGCAGAAAGGAUACAGAACCGGCCAUAUUCAAUUGUAUUGGGAAAUUAUCCAUUGCAGUUGGUCCAGCUUUAACCAAGCAUUUACAAAGAGAUAUCUUAGAUAUGAUGUUCACCAAUUGUUCCUUAUCAAAGCACAUGCAAGAUGUAUUGCAAACUUUAAUCCACAACAUACCAUCAUUAACGAAUCUUAUUAACCUGAAGUUACUCAACUUGUUGAGUUUGGUGUUAUCAGGUAAAACAUUUCAACCUCCCGGAUCACCUUACGGCUCAGUUAAGAUGAAUGAGUCUUUGGCGAGAGAUUAUAGACUCAUCAUGAUAUCAAGAGACACUGGCAUGAGCAUUAACAAUAUUCUAAUGAAUCAAGAAACUUACGAUUACUUAGAUAGUGCUAUUCUCAUUCAAGCCUUGGAGAUGUUGGCAUUCUUUAAGUUCGAAAACUAUCUCCUUAAUGAGUUCGUCAGAUACUGUACAAUAACAUACUUGGAAAAUAAUAAUGGGAAAGUACGUCAAGUUGCAGCCAUCACUUCUUGUGAAAUAUUCAUCAAAGAUCCUAUUUGUCAACAGACAAGUGUUAACGCGUUAAACGCAGUGAAUGAGGUUUUGGAUAAACUCUUAUCUAUUUCAAUCUCCGACCCCAUUCCUGAAAUCAGGUUAGAAGGAUUGAAUUGUUUGGCAAACGCUGGUAACUUUGAUCCUCAAUUAUCUCAAGCAGACAAUGUGAGAUUACUCUUUAUUGCUUUAAAUGACGAAGUGUUCAGUAUAAGAAAAACCGCAAUCAAGAUAUUGGGAAGAUUGUCUUCUAUAAAUCCAGCAUACAUUGUGCCAUCAUUAAGAAAAACACUUAUUCAAUUGCUUUCUAGGUUGGAAUACUCAACUUCGAGUCGUAAAAAGGAAGAAAGUGCAACCCUCUUAUCAUUGUUGAUUAGCAGUUCUAAAGAGUUGACUCGACCAUAUGUCAAACCAAUCGUUGAGGCAUUGUUAAGUAAGGCGAAGGAUUUGAGUCCAUCAGUAGCUUCAAGUGCAAUUAACUGUAUUGGUGAGGUGGCAGUUGUCGGUGGAGAAGAUUUACAACCAUUCAUCAAGGAUCUUAUGCCAGUAUUGCUUGAAACUUUUCAAGACCAGANUUCUUCGUAUAAGAGAGAUGCUGCUUUGAAAACAUUAGGUCAAUUGGCAAGUUCAUCCGGAUAUGUUAUACAGCCUUUGUUGGACUAUCCACAACUCUUGGGCAUGUUGGUUGGAAUUUUGAAGCUGGAAACUUCGACUCAAAUUAGAAGGGAAACGGUCAGACUUCUAGGAAUUUUAGGUGCCUUGGAUCCUUACAAGCAUCGCGAAGUCGAGCAACACUCUAAAUCUAUUCCAGUUGAACAAAAUGCUCCUCCUGUUGACGUGGCACUUUUGAUGCAAGGUAUGUCACCAUCGAAUGAUGAAUAUUACCCAACAGUGGCAAUCAACAAUUUGAUGAAGAUUUUGAAAGAUCCUUCUUUGAGCAACCACCACACAAAAGUUAUUCAAGCGAUUAUGUACAUCUUCCAAACCUUAGGAUUAAGGUGUGUAUCCUUCUUGCCUCAAAUCAUCCCAGGUAUAAUUAAUGUGAUGCAUACGUGCCAAGUCUCAAUGUUGAAAUUCUAUUUCCAACAAUUGGGAGCAUUGAUUUUAAUUGUUAAGCAGCACAUUAGACCAUUCUUACCCGAAAUUUUCGGGGCAGUUAAGGAGUUCUUCAAUGUUCAAUCUCAACUGAGUAUUCAAGUUAUUAUCAUAAGUUUGAUUGAGUCAAUAUCAAGAGCGUUAGAGGGAGAGUUUAAGAUGUAUUUACCAGACGUGUUGACAUUAAUGUUAGAAGUUUUUGAUGAAGAUAAAUCCGUUAAGAGAGAACCAUCGUUGCACGUCUUGAAAGCAUUUGUUGUGUUCGGUAGUAAUAUUGAGGAGUAUGUGCAUAUUAUUGUUCCUACGAUUGUGAAAAUGUUCGAGGUGGGACCAUUGAUCUUGAGAAAAGCUUCAGUUGAGACUAUUGGUAGAUUAUCAAGAAAUGUCUUAUUGAACGAUAUGGCCUCCAGAAUUAUACAUCCAAUCUUACGAGUUUUGAGGCAGGGAAAUGAUGAACUCAAAGUGGCAGCAAUGAAUACCUUGAGCUUUUUGUUACUUCAAUUAGGUACAGAGUUUAGUGUAUUCAUCCCUGUUAUCAAGAAGGUUUUGAUUCAACAAAAAAUCCACGCCCCUAAGUUUGAACAACUUGUCAACAAACUUGUAAGUGGAGAUCCAUUGCCACCUUUUCUUGAUAUAUACAAGGAUUACGAUACCCAUCUGCACCAUUUGGAUAUUCCAGAAGUUGAUAUGCCAUCUAAGAAAUUACCAGUUAAUCAAGCAGCUUUGAAAUUGGCGUGGGAUUCGAGCCAGAGAAGAAGCAAAGAAGACUGGCAAGAAUGGAUUGGUAGAUUGAGUAAGGAGUUGUUGAAGCAAAGUCCCAGUCAUGCCAUCAGGGCUUGUGCGGGAUUGGCUUCAGAUUACUAUCCAUUGGCGAAGGAUCUUUUCAACGCAAGUUUUGCAAGUUGUUGGAGUGAAUUGUAUUCUCAACACCAAGAGGAGUUGGUUCAAUCGUUUUGUAUUGCAUUAUCUUCUCCUAACAACCCACCUGAAAUUCAUCAAAUUUUACUUAACUUGGCUGAGUUUAUGGAGCACGAUGAUAAGUCCUUGCCUAUUGCAAUUACAACUUUGGGUCAAUACGCUCAGAGGUGCCAUGCUUACGCUAAGGCGUUGCAUUAUAAGGAACUAGAAUUUUAUGAAGAACCAACGACCCCAACUAUCGAGUCCUUAAUCAGUAUCAAUAAUCAGCUUCAACAAUCAGACGCUGCAAUUGGUAUUUUGAAGCAUGCUCAGUUACAUCAUGAUUUGCAAUUGAAGGAGACAUGGUAUGAGAAAUUGCAAAGAUGGGAUGAUGCGUUGAGAGCAUACAAUGAAAGGGAAAAACUCGAGCCUAAUAAUAUGGAAAUCACCAUGGGUAAAAUGAGAUGUUUACACGCUUUGGGUGAAUGGGAACAAUUGUCCGAGUUGGCCAAAAGCAAGUGGGAUAAUUCCUCUAGUGAAAUUAAGCGCAGCGUUGCACCAUUGGCUGCUGCAGCUUCAUGGGGUUUGGGUCAAUGGGAUCGUAUGGAUUCAUGCAUUAAGGUAAUGAAAGCCGAAUCUCCAGAUAAGGCCUUUUUCAAUGCGAUUUUAUCGCUUCAUAGAAACAAUUUCGAUGAUGCCUCCGAUCACAUUUUGAAAGCUCGUGAUUUAUUGGUUACUGAGAUUACUGCAUUGGUAAGCGAGAGUUACACUAGAGCUUACGGUGUGGUUGUCAGAGUCCAGAUGUUGGCCGAGUUGGAGGAAAUCAUCAAGUAUAAAUGUUUACCACAAGGCUCUGAGAAGAGAGUGGUGAUGAGAAAAACUUGGAAUGCCAGAUUGUUAGGUUGUCAAAGAAAUGUUGAUAUCUGGCAAAGAAUGUUGAAGGUCCGUGCUCUAGUAAUCAAGCCUAAGCAGGACAUGGAUAUGUGGAUCAAAUUUGCGAACUUGUGCAGAAAGUCCGGUAGAUUGAAUUUGGCAGAAAAAUCUUUGAAUUCUUUACUUGAAGAAGGAUCACCAGAGAAUCCAUCUCGUGCUCCGCCGCAAGUUGUUUAUGCUCAAUUGAAAUAUAUGUGGGCCAAGGGACAACAGAAAGAGGCGUUGCGCCAUUUAGUUGAUUUCACCACAAGGAUGUCGCAGGACUUGGGUUUGAAUCCUAAUGAUUUAAUUACCCAGCCUUUGCCAUCGGAAGGUCCUGGAAUUCCUAAGCAUGUUGAAGAUUAUACCAAGUUGUUGGCCAGAUGUUUCUUGAAACAAGGUGAAUGGCAAAUAGCUUUAAACAAUAACUGGAGGUCAGAGACAUCGGAGAUUAUUUUAGGUGCCUACCUCUUAGCAACUCACUUUGAUGAUAAAUGGUACAAAGCAUGGCACAAUUGGGCGUUGGCGAAUUUCGAGGUUAUUUCACUCUAUACCACAAAUCAAAAUGAGUCCAAGCCAGCAGAUAUUAUGGAGCAGAAUGAACAAGUCAAGUUGGCGGCAGGAACAAAUGAUGAAGAAUCCAAGCAAAAAGUUCCAAAUCAGCCAACAAACAUGAUUCCGAUGGAAGCCGUCCAACGUCAUGUUAUACCAUCCAUUAAAGGAUUUUUCCACUCAAUUGCUUUAUCAAACUCUGACUCUUUGCAAGAUACUUUGAGAUUGCUUACUUUAUGGUUCAAGUUUGGUGGUAUUCCUGAGGCUGCUCAGGCUAUGACUGAAGGGUUCAACAUGGUAAAAAUCGACAAGUGGUUGGUUGUGGUUCCUCAAUUAAUCUCAAGAAUUCAUCAGCCAAAUCAAAUUGUGAGUACCUCCUUGUUUGGUUUAUUGGCCGAUUUAGGCAAAGCACAUCCACAAGCUUUGGUUUACCCAUUAGCUGUUGCAGUGACAUCUGAAUCUUUGAACCGUAAAAAGGCGGCAGAGUCCAUUAUCGAGAAGAUGAGAGUGCAUUCUUCGAAUUUGGUUGAUCAAGCAGAACUUGUGAGUCACGAAUUGAUUAGAGUUGCUGUGUUGUGGCACGAACAAUGGUACGAAGGUUUAGAAGAUGCAUCAAGAUUAUUCUUUGGUGAGCAUAAUACAGAAAAGAUGUUUGCAGUAUUAGAGCCACUCCAUCAAAUGUUACAAAAGGGCCCUGAAACUAUGAGAGAAUCAGCAUUUACGACUACCUUUGGAAGAGAAUUGGCAGAUGCUUAUGAGUGGGUAUUAAACUACCGUACUACGAAGGAUAUCACCAAUUUAAACCAAGCUUGGGAUAUCUACUAUAAUGUAUUCCGUCGUAUCAGUCGGCAAUUACCUCAAUUGCAGAGUUUAGAGUUGCAAUAUGUUUCUCCCAAGUUAGAGGAAGCAAAUAAUUUGGAGCUUGCUGCUCCUGGUACCUAUCAGGCAGGCAAACCAGUAAUUCGAAUCAUAAGGUUCGACCCUACUUUUUCUGUCAUUUCAUCUAAGCAGAGGCCCAGAAAGUUGGUUUGUAAAGGCAGUGAUGGAAAGGAUUAUCAGUAUGUUUUGAAGGGACACGAAGAUAUUAGACAGGAUAACUUGGUUAUGCAAUUAUUUGGAUUGGUUAACACGCUUUUGGUGAAUGAUCCAGAGUGCUUCAAGAGACAUUUGGAUAUUCAACAAUAUCCAGCUAUUCCCCUUUCUCCAAAAGUUGGUCUCUUGGGAUGGGUACCCAAUAGUGAUACCUUCCAUGUAUUGAUUAAGGAGUACCGUGAAUCAAGAAAGAUCUUACUUAAUAUCGAACACAGAAUCAUUUUGCAGAUGGCUCCUGACUAUGAUAGUUUGACAUUAUUACAAAAGGUUGAAGUAUUUACUGGGGCUUUAGAUAACACUAGAGGUCAAGAUUUGUACAAAGUUUUGUGGUUGAAGUCUAAGUCUUCUGAAGCAUGGUUAGAUCGUCGUACGACUUACACUAGAUCGUUGGCCGUGAUGUCCAUGGUUGGGUACAUUCUCGGAUUAGGGGAUCGUCACCCUUCUAACUUGAUGCUUGAUCGAAUAACCGGUAAGGUAGUUCAUAUUGAUUUCGGUGAUUGUUUUGAAGCAGCUAUUUUGAGAGAAAAGUAUCCAGAAAAGGUUCCCUUUAGACUCACAAGAAUGUUAAACUACGCGAUGGAAGUAAGUGGUAUCGAGGGUUCAUUUAGAAUCACAUGUGAGCAUGUCAUGAGAGUAUUGAGAGAUAACAAGGAGUCCUUGAUGGCAAUUUUAGAAGCAUUUGCUUAUGAUCCAUUGAUUAACUGGGGUUUUGAUUUCCCCACCAAGGCAGUGGCCGAGGCCACUGGUUUGAAAGUCCCUCAAGUUAAUACCGUUGAAUUAUUGAGAAGAGGCCAAAUUGACGAGCAAGAAGCAGCUAGAUUAACAAAGCAGAACGAACUAGAAAUAAGAAAUGCUAGAGCUGCACUUGUGUUAAAGAGAAUUACAGACAAGCUUACUGGUAAUGAUAUUAAGAAGUUAAGAGGAUUGGAUGUUCCUACGCAGGUUGACAAAUUGAUUCAACAAGCUACUAGCGUUGAGAACUUAUGCCAACAUUGGAUUGGAUGGUGUUCUUUCUGGUGA